AUGGCGGUCGCCGGAGUUACAGUAACUUGUCAUUUCAGUUAUCUUCCCCGUCGAUUUUCUUAUGUCAACUAUUCUUCUAUUCCCUGUUUAAGUUUUGGAAGAUUACGGUUAUUUAUAGCUAAGAAAUGCUUAAGAGUUAGUGCUUACGCGGCUGAGUCAAACUGGGCGCCGUCAUCAUCUUCGUCGGAGAUAAAACCCGGAGUUUGGGAAGAUCCUGACGAUGGAAGUGGCAGUGAUUAUGACCAAGAAGACGAAGAAGAAGGGAAAGAAAAUGACAUGGAUUUUGAGAGUGACUGGGAGGAAGAAAAGAAUUCUGUUACAGCCACUUCCACUAUCAAUAACUCCACCGCACAAAACAAAGACAGAGAAGAUCUUGUCGAAGAGGUUGAACAACUUUUGGGACCAGAAGAAAGAGCAAUUUUAGAACAGAACGCAUCUCCUAAUCUUCGCAAAUUAUCAACUGCAAAAUGGAAUCCACUCCAUACUCUUGCUCUAUCGGGACAGAUAAAUUUUAUGGACAAGUUGCUUGACGAUGGACUCGAUGUUGAUGAUGAUGAUAAUGAUGGUUUCACAGCAUUGCAUAAGGCAAUUAUCGGUAAGAAGGAGGCUGUUAUUAGUCAUCUUUUGAGAAAAGGUGCUAGUCCACAUGUCAGAGAUCGGGAUGGUGCUAGCCCUCUGCAUUAUGCAGUUCAAGUUGGUGCUGUGCAAACUGUAAAAUUGCUGAUAAAAUAUGAGGUUGAUGUCAAUGUUGCAGAUGAUGAAGGAUGGACUCCAUUACAUGUUGCAGUCCAAAGCAGAAACAGAGAUAUAGCUAAAAUUUUGUUGAUCAAUGGUGCAGACAAGACCAGAAGAACUAAGGAUGGAAUGACAGCCCUGGACCUUAGCUUAUGUUAUGGCAAAGACUUCAGGUCUUAUGAUGUUGCCAAGUUACUGAAGGUGCACGAGUGUUCUGGGUUUCACAACUCAUCUAUGUCGUUCAACUGGGUGCUGGGUAAACCAUGUGACUUGCAUGGUGAAGUCCAAUCUUUGGGCAAAGUAGUUUUGCAUUUAGUAGCAUCCAGUGCUAGUCAUCGGUACUAUGAUUAUGGGACGCAUCGCAAUCAGAUUAGGAGCAAGAAGGUUGAAGUGAUUGGCUAG